CAUUAAUAUAGGUGAAUUUUGAUCCCCAAACUACACAUAAAGCAAGUCUUAUUAAAACAUGUGUGAGUAAAACAAUCUGAAGAAAGUCCAGGACCUCAGAAGCUCUGAUUAAGUAUUGUCCAAGCCAAGAGUAAGAGUGAAGAGGAAUCUUUGCCUCCUACUGAAAGGAUGGAGGCAGAAGGACAGAAGUGGCCGCAGAAGACAGACUUUUACAUGGAAUUGCCAAAAGUGGAGCUUCAUGCCCACCUGAAUGGCUCCAUUAGUUCCAAUACCAUGAAGAAAUUAAUAGCCAAGAAGCCACAUCUUAAAGUUCAUGAUCACAUGACCAUGAUUGACAAGGGAAAGAAAAGGACUUUAGAAGAAUGUUUCCAGAUGUUCCAAGUUAUUCACCAGCUUACUACUAGUGCUGAAGAUAUUCUAAUGGUCACAAAAGAUGUCAUUAAAGAAUUUGCAGAUGACGGUGUCAAAUACCUGGAGCUGAGGAGCACACCCAGAGGAGAACAUGCUACUGGAAUGACGAAGAAGAUUUACGUGGAAUCCAUACUUGAAGGCAUAAAACAAUGCAAGCAAGAAAACUUAGAUAUUGAUGUUAGGUAUUUGAUGGCAAUUGACAGAAGAGGUGGCCUGACAGUAGCCAGGGAGACUGUUGAACUGGCUAAAGAGUUCUUCCUCUCGACUGAGGAUACGGUUCUUGGCCUUGACCUUAGUGGAGAUCCUACUAUAGGACAAGCAAAAGACUUCUUGGAACCUCUUUUAGAAGCUAAAAAAGCAGGCUUGAAGUUGGCGUUGCAUCUUGCAGAGGUUCCAGAUAAGAAAAAAGAAACACAAACCCUGCUAGACCUGCUUCCUGACAGGAUUGGACACGGGACAUUCCUCAACUCCCCCGAGGGAGGAUCCCUGGGUCAGGUGGAUUUUGUGAGGCAACACCGGAUACCUCUAGAACUUUGUUUGACCUCGAACAUCAAAAGCCAGACAGUUCCCUCUUACGACCAGCAUCACUUUGGAUUCUGGUACAGCAUUGCUCAUCCUUCUGUGAUCUGUACUGAUGAUAAGGGUGUUUUUGCGACAUACCUUUCUCAAGAAUAUCAGCUGGCAGCGGAAACAUUUAAUUUGACCCCAUCUCAGGUGUGGGAUCUGUCUUACGAAUCCAUCAGUUACAUCUUCGCUUCUGACAAUACCAUAUCUGAACUGAGAAAGAGAUGGAAUCACCUGAAGCCCAAAGUGUUACACUUUUGAGCUGUGAUGAGGUGAUUGUAUGUUAUAGCCAAGACCUCCUGCCACUUCCCACUCAGUGGACUGUCCACUACUUCCUUUGAAGCUCAGUACCAAGUGUAUGUGGGGUCUUAACACCAGCACCUUACAUAUGGCAAGUUCUCAGUGAUAUCUCAGACUGAGAGCCUUGGGGCCUUGCGUGUUUUACCUCCAUGAUAUUUGCUGGAGGACUGGAGGGCCACAAAACUAAAUUCAUCACUCCACUAUUGACUUUCUUUUUAAAUUAGCACUCCCUCUCCAUUAGUGAUCAUAAGACUUCUGAGAAGUUGAAGGUGUUUGUUUUCAGGAAGACCUCUAUGUUUUGUUAGCUUUAAUUAGAAUCCCUCCAUUUCCUUUAACCCUUUCAAGUAUUAUUUCCCAAGACUAUUGAUGCCAGGCCACAUUGCACACUGAAACCAUUUGUGUGGGUGCCUAGUUGUCAGGUGACUCUAGUGACAAUGCUAGAACCUGACUUUCCCUUCUCAUAAUAUCUUUAGAAAUACAUAAAGGGAAUUACAGUAAUUACUUCAGUUUAACAGAAAGGAAAGAAUUGCUGGUUAGAAUUGAGAAAGACAUAAAGCUGGAACUUUGGUUUUAAAAUUAGCUUCUAUUUAGCUUUCUUUGUGGAAGCUGCCAGGACUUCCACAUUACCAGGACAGAGUUAAAAGAUGUUUCUAGUAAUGGUGACAUUGUGGCUUCUAGGACUCUUAUAUCUCCUAUAAUCUCAUACCCACAUGAUGGUCCAUAGGCACAGGCUUACAUAAACACACAUACCAUGGCCACUUUCACUAAAGACAAGGGACAGCUGAGAUUGGCUCUGCAUAGUAAGAAAAAGAUUUUUAACAGAUGACAAAUGUCCUGGUUAGUAUUUUCAACUUGACACAAGCUAGAGCCAUUUGGGAAGAAGGACACUCAACUGAGAAAAUGUUCCCACCAGAUUGGCCUAAUCAGUGCUUAAUCAGUUGGUUUGCACAUCCCCGAAAGUAAUGCCACCCCAGGCAGGUGGCUCUGGGUGGAAUAAGAAAGGAAAUUGAGCAAGCCACAAGGGUCAAGCCAGUAGGUAGCAUUCCUCCAUUGCUCAGCUCCAGUUUCUGCCUCAACUUUCUAGGAUGAUGGAUACAAAUUAUAAGAGAAAAUAAAACCCUUUCUUCCUCACUUCA